AACGGACUGCGUCUCCUAGCAACCGGCCUGUAGCACCCGGAAGUGGCUUGAAUGUCAAGAGGAGCGGGCUCUUUCUUUUCUUUUAUGCCUGCUAGAAGGAGUAGCGGGAGGAAGCUUUCUGAUUUCCAAGCUUCCAUAUCAUGGUGCUUAAGAUAUUCUUCCCCAUUUGCUGCUCGGCAGCUGAAAGUGGCCUGCUGGUUGGACGAUGGAUCCCAGAACAGAACUCCGCUGUUAUCCUGGCUGUGAUCCACUUCCCUUUCAUUCCUGGUCAGGUAAAGCAGUAUCUCUCCGAAAUGCAACAUGCAACACAAGUCAAGCUGUCUGUGCUGGGCUCAUGGACUAAAACCAAGCAAGCAAAGGAAGAGAGUCUGGACAGGUUCCUUGAAGACCUUGGCACCAUUUUUUCACAUGACCCCUGGAUCCAACUCAGCAAGGAGAAAGGAAGCAAGUUUUGGAGCUGUUCCGCCUCUUGGAAAGACUCCAAUGGCAAUGAGGAAGAUGAAAAUAUCUUGGUUUAUUACGACCAGCGCAAAGUGAUGCUGUCGCAGCUUCACCCGCAGGAUCCGGUUGUUUCUUCUGAUCAGAAGACAGUGGAGGCUUCCAAAUUAGUUGCCGUGUUUGAUACAGUUGCAAAGAGCAAGUUACUAUUCAUGAAGGACAGGUAUGAUGAGGGGCCUGUCAAGCUCACCCACUGGCAGUCAGAAGGAGUAGAAGCCAGUAUUAUUGUGGAGUUGCUGAAACAGGCUUCUGUUCCUGCAUGUAUGCUGAUAACUUUCCUACUUUCACUUGUGUGUGGAGUCUGCAAAAGCAGAGUGUUGACGUUUUGGCCCUUGUCUUUCAUCUGGAGCAAGCUGUCCACUUGUGAGCAGCUGGGGCACCGGCUGCAGCACCUCCAAAUCAUCAGUAGCAAGCGGAAGGCUCCAAAUCAGACUCAGCUAAUGAGAAAAGCCAACAUGUUUCUUUCUCUUCUGAUUGACAUGACUCUUGGGAUACUACUGAUGUCCUGGCUGUACCAGAAGAAUCGAAUUGGUCAUCUUGCCAAUGCCCUUGUUCCAAUGGCUGAUCAUGUGGCCCAGCAGCUUCAGGACCUUCUGCAGUGGCUGAUGGGUGUGCCAGCUGGUUUGAAAAUGAACAGAGCUUUGGACCAAGUGUUGGGGCGGUUCUUCCUUUAUCACAUUCACCUUUGGAUUAGUUAUAUCCAUCUGAUGUCUCCUUUCAUUGAGAUGAUCCUCUGGCAUGUUGGCUUAUCUGCCUGUCUAGGCCUGACAGUGGCCCUUUCCAUCGUCUCCGAUAUCAUUGCACUCAUGACCUUUCACAUCUACUGUUUUUAUGUCUAUGGAGCCAGGCUCUACUGCCUCAAAAUCUAUGGCUUGUCAUCACUGUGGCGCUUGUUCCGUGGGAAGAAAUGGAACGUCUUGAGGCAACGAGUGGACUCCUGCUCCUACGACUUAGACCAGCUAUUCAUCGGCACUUUGCUGUUUACCAUCUUACUGUUUCUUCUGCCCACAACCGCACUAUACUAUUUGGUCUUUACCUUGCUCCGUCUACUGGUAGUGAUUGUACAAGGCUUGAUCCAUCUGCUAGUGGACCUCAUCAACUCGCUGCCCUUUUAUUCAGUCAUUCUCCGGCUCUGCCGAUCCUACAGACUUGCAUCUGGUGUGAAGUUCAGAGUCCUGGAGCAGGAAGCCGGGAAACCUCUUCGACUUCUAAUGCAGAUAAACCCUCUGACCUAUGGCCGCGUGGUGCAGCUGUACAAGCUCCCAACAUACAGCUGCUACCCCAAGGACUCCUGGGGCUCUUUGUGCAAGAAGCUGCUUGUUGGGGAGCUGAUCUACCCUUGGAAGCAUAAAGGAGAGAAGCAGGACUGAUUCACAGCAACUGAGGUGGACUGCAAAUGCUUGAGCCAGAAAGGAACAUUGAAGAGGCAGGGCUGUUACUCCUGGCGAAAGACACCUUGGAAACAGCAGCUGUCAAGUGGUACCCUACCCUAUGGAUGCUUCAUUUUGCCAAGAAUGUGUUGGGCAGUCAGUUUCCAAGGAGGGGGGGAAGGAUUCAUUUCAGGAAUGGGCUCCCCUUUUCCUCUGGAUUGAGGGAAUUCCUUCUCCCCACCACCACUCCACGAAACAUUAUCUAAUCCUGAGUUAGAAAUUGCCAGCCUAGAAGUAUCAGGUGGCCAAAUUAACAUGACAGCCGAGAGGAAAUCUGUUUUCAUUUGUUUGUUUUCUUAUGGUAAGCUGCCAUUUCUGCAGGAGCCCAGUGUGUGGUAUCUGACACACAAUUCCACUUCUUGAUAAUUUCAGCUUCACUUCCCCCCACUCCUGACAUACAAGUGUCUAGCCCAUGCGAAUUGUGAUGAUAUGGGUAAAGAUGUAUGGGCAACACCUGUCACAAGCUUGGGAGCCAAAGGGGUGGUCCAGUAAGACCUCCAGUGAUCUGGAGAGUCUGCCCAGCUCCAAUCAAUUCCUGUUGGGGGACAAGCAGCUGGGGAGAUCCAAUGUUUUUAUACCCUGCUUGCAGGGUUCCCAAAAGUAUUUGGCCAGCCACUGUCAGAGACAGGAGGAUGCUGGUCUGGUUGGAGCCAUGUCCUCAUCCAGGAGGACUUUGUUCUUAAGGUAUUAUGAAUUAAUGGGCAAGCUAGCUCUGAAAUGUAUCGUAUAGCUUAUGUGAUUGAUUUCUCUUUGACAAAUACCUGCCAUGGUGGGAUGUGAGAGAUGGACAAGCUGAAUCAGGACCAUGGCACCUUUAAUCCUCUGCCAUCCUGAUUAGAAUGGAGCCCAUGUACACCUGCUAUUUGCAUGGGAAGAAAGUUCUCAUGGGUGCUAAUAGGGCUUUAUUCCCAUUGAAGAUAGCAGGUGGGGGGAAUUUUGUGGGACUGCAGGUAGGGCAAGGGGUUACAUGCUCUCCCUGGCAUACUCCUGAUCCAUUUCCCACCCACACCAGCUCUUUGUUGGAAAGGAAUCAGCUAUACAAUGUCAAUCUACAUGACAAACAUUGUGGCUAGUCUGGUCCAUAGUUAAUUACAGAGUUCCUUGCCUCCCCUGCCCCUGGCAAGUGACUAGAAACCCAUAACAGAUUAUGCAAAAUUG